CAUGUAUGCCAUGCAUUCUGAUCACUGUAAACCACUCCCCCAGUCUUCCUCCCACCUCUGUUAUCCCCGUUCCUCCUUACAGAUCUUCCUGUAUUCACGACUAUUUUGUUUUUGAGGCCUACUGAAUUUAACCAGGAUCAUCUGUGACCAUGGGUUUGAAACUCUGCUGGAACCUAGUGGGCUUCUCCUUUUUGUAUAUUUUGAAUGCAUAUAACCACUGAGCAUUGUCCUUAGCUGCCAUAGUCAUUACUCUUAUGUUUUUAUAUGUAACAAUGAGUGGCUUGGUAGAAAGCUCCUCUACCAAAAACCCAUCUCAAUGGCCCAAAAUACACACAUCUAAAAAGAAGCAAAGGUGGGCUGGAGAGAUGGCUCAGAAGUAAAGAGCCCUGGCUGCUCUUCCAAAGGUCCUGAGUUCAAUUCCCAGCAACCACAUGGUUGAGAUGAGAUCUAGUGCCCUCUUUUGUAGUACAGGUGGACAUGCAGGUAGAACACUGUAUACAUAAUAAAUAAAUAAAUCCUUAAAAAAAAAAAAGGCAAAGGCAUGGUAGCAUAUGCAUUAAGGAAGAUAAAGCAGGAGGAUGGUGAGUUGGAAGCCAGUCUGGCUACCUGAAGUCCACACCUCCCUCCCUUUUUUCAGAUGGUGAUGAUGCUCUAACAUUUCUGCAAACCCAAUUCUGAGUCCCUAGCUAUCCGGUAUCUCACUGAGUUCUUCUGUCUUAUGGCCAUCCCCAAGUGCCCUCUGAGCCCAGGACUCUGGGAACAGGACAGCUUCCUUCAGGUGAAGGUGAAAGAGGAGGAAGAAGCUAGCAUCUACCAGAGCAGGGACGCCAGCCCUAGCUCUACUGCACACCCUGAGACUGCAUGCCAGCACUUCUGGCACUUCUGCUACGAGAAGGCAUCUAGCCCCCAUCAGGAGCUGGCACAACUUCGAGAGCUAUGUUGCCAGUGGCUGAGGCGAGAGUCGUCCUCCAAAGAACAGAUACUGGAGUUGCUGGUGCUGGAGCAGUUCCUGGGUGUACUGCCCCCUGAAAUCCAGGCCUGGGUGGGGGCUCAAUGCCCAAAGAGUGGAAAGGAGGCUGCUGUUCUGGUGGAGGAUCUGACUCAAAUGCUGGACAGGAGAGGUUAAGAAGGAGCAGCAGGCUGGUGAUCACAGAUAGCUUUGGCACAGCCUGGCUGCAAGGUCAGGCUCUACUUAGGGAUUGCUCGGGUAGUCAUUCUCACAUUUGUACCUUACUUGUGACCAAAUCUCAAGCAACUAAGGGUAAGGGGCCUAGAUAAGCAUCCAGAUACAUAUCCAGAAGAUAUAUCACUGAACACUGAGCCUUGCUUUCACCCACUCUCACACUCUGCAACUCCGUUAAGU